GCAUUGUUCAAAAACCAAACGCAGUCGGGGAAAAUAACUCAGCUGAGCCUGCUUCGAAAUCGGAAUGAAGCAAUAGUUUCAGUUAACUUUGAUACAGAUUUAACUCAGUAUCUUCGUUUUUUUCAAUUACUUGAGUUUUGGCGAUCUACUCAGUGAGUUAAAUUUAGUUAACCAGGCGCUCAUCGCACUUUUGAGGUAAGCAUGGCGCUGUCUUUGUCCUCCCCGUCUGUAUGCCCCUAUGAUGAGGAUGAGGAAGUGGCUGUGUUUGAGUCUACGGCAGCAGAGCAUGGAGGCCUGUCCAGACCACGUCUGCCUGAGAUCUCUGUCAUUUCCCCCGGCCUGGACACCCGGCCAUCCAUUACAGAACCGAAACUAGCAGUGAAACCUGCAGCUGUGAGACAAGGUAGCCGUGAUGAAGGGAACACAGAGAGGGUGAAGGUUUUUCUGCGCAUCCGGCCACUUACUGAGAUGGAGAAUGUUAGGGGAGAAGAACAGGGUUGUGUGGCUGUCCAAAAUGAAGAGACUCUGCUGCUCAAAGCUCCAAAAGAAUCUCAGAACAUGAGGACCGCAGAGAGGGGCAUCACCCAGAGCAUGCACAAGUUCAGUUUCUCGAAGAUUUUGGGGCCAGAGACCACACAGCAACAGUUUUAUGAGUGCACGAUGAAAAAGAUGGUGAAAGACGUGCUUCAAGGAGAAAACCGUCUCCUCUACACUUACGGUGUCACCAAUUCUGGAAAGACUUACACUAUUCAGGGCACUGGUCGAGAGGCAGGCCUCAUUCCCCGGGCUUUAGCUUCUCUGUUCAGGAAACUGCAGGGCCGUCUCUAUAGUGCCAUGGACCUGAAGCCUAUGAUGUAUCAGGAUGUGAGACAGCUUGACUCCGGAGAGGUCAGGGUGGAGGAAAUCCGCAGAAACUCUCUGCUCAAAGAGGAUGAGAAUCAGACUUCUCGUCGAGGGGGCACCACUACAGUCUGGGACAGCGGCAUUGGAGGACUCUCCUCUACAAGUAACCUUGCCACCCAGCUUGAUGACACCAACAGUGUUUGCCUGGAGCCUGACAGCCUUUCACACAGUGGAGGAGAUGAUCUGGAGGAAGGGGUGCAGUUUUCUAUCUGGGUGUCCUUCUACGAGAUCUACAAUGAGUUCCUGUAUGACCUACUGGAUGCUUCGCCCUCCCUGCAGCCCAGAAAAAGGGUUACACUGCGGCUUAGUGACGACAAGCAGGGCAACCCAUAUGUGAAAGACCUCGCCUGGAUCCAGGUCCGCAGUGCAGAGGAAGCUUGGAAGAUUCUGAGGGCUGGACGUCGUAACCAGAGCUUCGCCAGCACUCACCUCAACCAAAACUCCAGCCGCAGGUAGGAGCACAUUCAACUUUUUACCGUGUCUUGCACUUUCUCCUUUUUUAGACUGACUGUGUGUGAUCUUGCUGGGUCUGAACGCUGUAAAGAGCAGCGUAAUGGUGAGAGGAUGAAGGAGGCCAACAACAUCAACACCUCGCUUUUAACACUGGGACGCUGUAUUGCUGCUUUGAGGCACAACCAGAACAACAAAUCGCGACCCCCUCAAGUGGUGCCCUUCAGGGACAGUAAACUAACCCGGGUCCUGCAGGGUUUCUUCUGUGGCCAAGGAACCUCCAGCAUGGUGGUCAACAUCAACCCGUGUGCCUCCAUCUAUGACGAGACCCUCCAAGUCCUCAAAUUCUCAGCUAUUGCUACUCAACUGGUCCAUGGCCCGUCCACAAAGACCAGAGUGGCCUACAUCCUGUCCCUACUGCGCGAGCCAACAGCAAACGGUAACGAAAGCACAGUGACUGAAGACGAAGAGGAUGAGAGUGAUAUUGAAGACGGAGAUAUCACCAUGUUAAAUACUGAGGCUUUGCUGCAGGCCAUUGAUGUCCUGAAGAGAGAGGUCCAGCGCCAGCGGGAAGAGAAAGAGGUCCUUGAGGCAAAUGUGAGAGAGCAGGUGGUCUCUGAGAUGAUGGAGGUCAUCUCUGGGAUGCAAGAUGGCUUCAGUGAGACCUUGGAGGCAGAAAGAGCUCUAAUCGAAGAGAGAUACGAAGACAAGAUAACCAACUUGCAAAAACAUUUGAAGAAAUUCUACAGCCAGGAGCUGAAGGAGCGUGAUCAGGAGAUUGAAGCUUUGGCCGCUGCCCUGGAAAAAAACAAGGCAGGUGAUUCGGUCCUACAUGGAGACUCUGACGGGCCUCGCCGGUCUCAGCGCCUCGCUACUCAGGCAGAAUUUGGCAGUCUGCAAGUGGAGCUCAACCAGUGUCGCGCUGAGCUGCUCACCAAGACACAAGAGCUGACAAAGCUGAAGAUGCAGCUGGAAGUCCCGGGUCCAACAGGCACCCACACUGGUGCUGUUGACCGCAAGCUGGAGGACGGCCAACGGAACCUGCGCCAGCUGCGCCUGGAUUUGCAGAGGCUCGGUGUGGACCUGCAGUCUGGUGAACGAGCCUGCUGUCGCAACACGGGAGGGGAGAGGCUGCGGCAGGCACUAACAGCUGCAGAUGAGAAACUAGCCAAACAGGACCAGAUCCUAUUGGACCUCCAGAAUGGCCUGAUGCUUGUAAAGGCUGACUUAAGGCGGAAAGCGGAGACCCUGGCCCAGACACAGGCCUUCCAGCCCCAGCUUCCCCCCUCAGGCUCUGUUGCCUCCGGCACACCAGGCUCCUGCAAGAAAAGGGGCUGUGGGGCCGCUGCACCAAGCGACACAGAGAACCGCCCUCCAAAUAAACGGCCCUUUUUCCCAUCUCUGUUCCCGACGCGUACGCCAACACGUAAAAACAUUCGCGAAGAAGCAAAUGUUACCCCUUACUCACGGAUCUUGCGGUCUCGCCAGCAGUCUCCACCUCCCAGCCCUGUCCCCACCCCACGUAGUCUCAGGGGGAAGUACUGAGCUUUUUGGAGCGUGUCUCCUCUUCAAUAUUAUGCACAAAAAAAGGUUUUAUUUGCCGGUAACUUUAUAGUAUUUUUAUAUUGCUUUGUAUAUAUUCACUUUUUUUUUUUUGCAGUGCAAUUAACUCACUGUUGUCAUGCCAAAUACAUGUAUGAUGUUCAUGCCUGUAAAACUGUUAUGCUUUAAAGGGUAGUUGACUACUAAGGGCAUUGAGGUGAUCUUGAGCAGUAACGUAAUCAGUGGCUAAUAGCUAUGGUCUGUAUGGGAAGAAUAGUGCAUGUGUGUGUAUACACCCUUCUCUUCUGCUGUAAAUACUUUUCUACAAUAAAAUCCAUAGAAACAUUGGUUUGAGUAGUCUAAGCACUACAGCAAAAUUUUCAAGUACUGUACACCAUGAAAGUAAUUUAACAAGUAUGCUUUAAACUAUUUAAAUUUACAGGCAUAACUGCAAGUCAAAACAUGUCUGUGUGCUGUCUUUGUUCUACCCUUGUGCAGUUCAAGGUGUACCUUCUUUACUCUGAUGGAGCUGUGUGUUUUUGUUCCACUGUUAAACUAGCCUUGAAUUAUACCAAAUCUGCAUGUGUAUUAAAUCUAUUUAAAAACCUUA